AUGUGGCUCUCACUGCUGCUCCUCCUGGCUCUUAGUGCCACGGGAAAAGCAGAGGAAAACACAACGCAGAGUCCAGCAAGAGAAGAAAAACUCAUCAUUGCAAGAGGAAAAGUGAUCGCUCCUAGUGUGGUGGGAUGAUCCAUAAAGAAGAUGCCUGAGCUCUACAAGUUCCUCAUGGAGCGCUUGGCACUGUAUCAUAAUCUGGAGUAUGAUUCAGGGGACAACAAAAAACCACGUCUUAUCUUCUACAAUGACAAGGAUGAGGAGGUGAAGGUUGUUCCAUUGAAGAAGAUGAAGGUGGAUGAGAUCUGUGAUCUUUUGGACUCACUCGGUUUCUACAAAAGGUCACAGAAAGGCGAGGACGUCCCUGAAGAAUUUCAGAACUUCCCCCUGAAGGCACCACGAGACGAACUUUGA